AGAAGGUGGGACAGGGGGUGUGAUGUGACAAGGCAGAGACUGGAAACCUCAGUGUGUGUGCAUGUGUGCAUGUGUCGUGUGGGUGUGUGUGUGAGAGAGAGAGAGUCUUGCGUGUCUUCUAGGAGGUGGGCACAGGGGAAGGUGCCGCUGGAACACAAGCGCUUGGGGACAGGUGGCGGAGUUAGGGCCUUGGUUGCAGUGAUGAGAGUCGGGACAUGCCGUGUGGGGCUGCAUGUGGCCCUGGCAGCAUUUGGGCCCCAGGCUGGGGCACAGAGGAUGCUCUGAACUUUGACCUCCCUCCCCUCCAUCCCUCCCAGGUCAGGAGCUGCAGGGGGAGCCCAGCCCCUGGGGCACAGGUGCUGACUGGGGGCCUCUUCCUCCCCACAGGGCCCCUGGAGCAGCCCGCCCUCACCAUGGGGCUGGAGGCCCAGAGGCCGCCUGGGGCCGAGGCGGCCCCCGUGAGGGUGGCCCUGCGAGUCCGCCCGCUGCUGCCCAAGGAGCUGCUGCACGGGCACCAGAGCUGCCUGCGGGUGGAGCCGGAGCGCGGCCGGGUCACCCUGGGCCGGGACCGCAGCUUCGGCUUCCAUGUGGUGCUGGACGAGGCGGCCGGGCAGGAGGCCGUGUACCAGGCCUGCGUGCAGCCCCUGCUGGAGGCCUUCUUCGAGGGGUUCAAUGCCACCGUCUUCGCCUACGGUCAGACGGGCUCCGGGAAGACCUACACCAUGGGGGAGGCCAGUGUGGCCUCCCUCCACGAGGACCAGCAGGGCAUCAUCCCGCGCGUCAUGGCCGAGGCCUUCAAGCUCAUCGAUGAGAACGACCUGCUGGACUGCCUGGUGCGCGUGUCCUACCUGGAAGUGUACAAGGAGGAGUUCCGGGACCUGCUGGAGGUGGGCACCGCCAGCCGCGACAUCCAGCUCCGCGAGGACGAGCGAGGGAACGUCGGUGAGGAAACCCCGGGGCCCUGGCUGGGAGGGGGCACCUGGCUGGAGGGGAAACCCACGCUCUGGCAAGUUCUGCUUUGGUUUCCUCUGUCUGCACCGGCUUUGAGGUGGGCACGCGGGAAGCUGGAGCCCCCCAGCCCGAACCAAUGGGCAGGAGCCCCGGGCAUGGGGGAGGGCCCCUUGG